AUGUGUGACUAUAUUCCUAUCCCUGCGGGAGAAUCAUUCGUGGACUGUGGAGAACUUAAAUUCAUGCCUGACGUCGCCUUCUCCAUUGGGACCAAACUGUUUGUGCUCAAACCCGAACAAUACAUAGUGAAGAUUGUUGAGGGUGAUGAUACCCGGUGCAUGAGUGGAUUCUCAGCUAUGGACGCUCCUCCUUCCAGUGGCCCUCUCUGGAUCUUGGGUGAUAUAUUCAUGAAAGCCUAUCACACGGUCUUUGAUUAUGGAAAUACGAAGAUUGGGUUUGCCGAGACAACAUAG